AUGUCGGACGUCGCAUCGUUGCUGCGCAGGAUAUUCGUUGACUCUCCGCCUGGGGAAUGGGCGCUCAACCGCCUGCGGGAGCUCCUCAUCGGAGCUCUGCGGCAGGGUCCUGUUCCGCAGCACGUGGCGUUCGAGAUGGACGGCAAUAGGAGGUACGCGAGGAGCCACAGGAUGGAGACGGUAGAGGGGCAUCAUCGGGGAUUCGAGGCUCUUGCUCGGAUUAUGGAAAUCUGCUACAAGUGCGGCGUCAAAGUCAUUACCGUGUAUGCGUUCAGCGUGGAGAACUACAACCGCCCCAAGCAUGAGGUAGAAGGGCUGAUGCAGCUGGCCAAGGUGAAGCUGGAGCAACUGACUACGUACGGCGACAUUCUCGACCGGUACGGUGCCUGUGUUCGCGUCCUUGGCCAGCGCGAGAUGAUCCGCGAGGACGUGCUCAAGGUGGUGGACAAGGCUGUGGCCAGGACUAAACACAACAACAAAACCGUCCUCAACAUCUGCUUCCCCUACACCUCCCGCGCGGAAAUCGCCACGGCCAUCCGCAACACAGUCCAAGACUUCCUGGACCCCCCUCCCAGAAGCACGCCCUUCUCCCCGUCGCGCAUACGGCAAAAGAUUCUCUCCGCCCAGCUCGACGGCAAAGAGCCCUUGCCUACUAUCCUUGACGAGACCGCCGAGGACGAAGCCAACGCUGGUGAGGACGACGCGGGCGAUGCGUCGUCGUCGACCACCCUACCCCCCGGGUCGCCGGAGCCUCAUCCCAAGCGCGGCCUGUUCGACUCGUCUUCCUCCCUGCCUAGCCCGGAGAGCAUCACAGCCGACAUCCUCAACGACCACAUGUACACUGCCCCGGAUCCGCCGCUCGAGCUUUUUGUUCGAACCAGUGGUGUGCAGCGCUUGAGCGACUUUAUGCUUUGGCAGUGUCACCAGGAUACGCAGAUUGUGUUUGUCGAUUGCUUGUGGCCCGAUUUCGAUCUGCAGCACUUCAUAUGGGUCAUGCUGGAGUGGCAGUGGAGGCAGAAGCAGAAGGAGAGGGAUGGCCCGGGUGUUAAGAGCAAGGGGCGCCGGUUGCUGGACUGA